CACACGGACUGUGGCGAGGGAACACGUGUGCAUGCAACAUGCACACAUUCUCGCUCCGUCUACGAGAACCGCCGGGGAAAAAUUUCUCCUGGGACGGGACUCGAACCCGCACAGCGCACGGCGACUGAUCAGGAGACCGAAGAGUCUACUACUGCGGCCACCGCUGCUGCCUGUAUGUUGGAUAGCUUUGACAGUUCGCAACUUAUGACCAAC